AUGGAGUUGACCAGACUGAAAUGCGGCGGAUUUGUUGGUGGAUUCCACAUGUGUCAUAACAUGGCUGAUGGUUUUGGUAUGAUUCAACUCAUGAUAACUAUAGCUGAAUUGGCAUGUGAUGCAGCAGCCCCAAGCAUUAUUCCCGUAUGGAAAAGAGAGCUUCUAAGUAGUACAACACAUAGCCCAACCCCCAUCGUAUACCCUAACCCUUCAUAUGAACCAUUACAAUUGAACAGCUUGGACUCUACAUGUGACGAUGUGAUGCUGUCGACUCCGCUCGAUGAAAUGGUAGUCGACUACUUCAUCUUCGGGCCAAGGGAGAUGACAACUCUAGAAAACCACAUAAGGGGAUACCACGCCCACUCAGCAACAUCCUUUGAACUGAUAACUGCUGUGAUGUGGCGAUGUCGCACAAUAGCUCUGGGAUACAAGUCAAAUCAGACAGUGCACCUUAUGAUCACCAUGAAUGCCCGUGGGAGGUGGAACCACCAUACCCCCAUCCCAUGGGGUUACUAUGGCAAUGCGCAUUUCUCUCCCAUAGCACAAGUAACAGUUGAUGAGCUCUGCAGACAGCCACUCAUCGACACGGUUGAGCUUGUGCGCGAAACAAAGCUCAGUGUGACAACAAAGGAGUGCAUGAAAUCCAUGUUGGAGACAAUGGCAUCCACGCGCAACAGACUUUGUGAAGAUCCAGCAAGAACAUACGAGGUCUCUGACACGAAAUGGAUUGCAGCAGGGAAUGGUUUGAAGCUUGGGUGGGCUGAGUUUGUGGGUGGUGGCAUACCAGUGGCUGGCGACAUUACUUCCAAGAUAGGAAGCGAUCAUAUGAGGUGCAAGAACCAAGACGGGGAGGACUCAAUGGUGGUGUCACUGCUAUUGCCAAGGUCAGCAAUGGAGAGGUUCAAGAAGGAGAUGGCUGUUUGGCUGAACAAACAUGAUGAGAAGAGUUUAAUUAUACAGAGUUCCCUCUAG